AUGAAGCAAGUUAAAUUCGUCCCACACCAAACUCAAUGGACCGAUGAAGAGUUUCAAGCUAUGGUUGAAGGUGUUGAGAACGACAUAGACGGCGAACUUGAAGGAGCUCAAAUCACAAUUGCAACCAAAAUUGCAGAAGUCAAGGAACAGAUAGCUCCACUUAAAGCUACCAAAGCUACUCUUGACCUCAUGGAUAGUUACCGUUUAGAUGUCAAGAGUGGAAUAAGACAAUUAAAAUUA